GGACAGCACGGUGCUGGGCGCGCUGGCGCCGAUGCGCGGCGGCUCGGCGGAGGCGGCGGCGUACGGUGAGCGCACGCGCGCGCUGCUCGAGUACUCGCGCGCCGGCCUGCGCACGCUCGUCAUGGCCAAGCGCACCAUGCAGCCCGCGCUGUGGGAGGAGUGGCUCGCCGGCCACGCCCGCGCCUCGGAGCUCGGAGAAGGUCGCGAGCGGCGGCUGCGCGAGUCGCUGGCGCGGCUGGAGAGCGCGCUGUCGCUGGUGGGCGCGUCGGGCGUGGAGGACCGGCUGCAGGACGGCGUGCCGCGCACGGUGCGCGCGCUGCUGGACGCGGGCGUGGUGCUGUGGGUGCUCACGGGCGACAAGCCCGAGACCGCCAUCAACAUCGCCUACUCCGCCGCGCUCUUCGACCAGACCGACCGCCUGCUGCAGCUCAUGUCCAGGGACAAGGAGCACGCGGAGUCGACAAUCAAGAGCUACUUGGAGGGCGGCGAGGCGGAGCUGGGCGGCGGCGCGGGGCGCGCGCUGGUGGUGGACGGGCGCACGCUCACGUACAUCCUGGACCGGCGCUCGGGGCUGGUGGCGCCUUUCCUGUCGUUGGCGCGGCGUUGCUCAGCCGUGUUGUGUUGCCGCGCCACGCCGCUGCAGAAGGCCUACAUCGUCAAGGCGGUAAAAGAAGAGCUGGGAGUGACUACGUUGGCGAUCGGAGACGGCGCCAACGACGUGUCCAUGAUACAGACAGCUGACGUCGGCGUGGGACUGUCGGGCCAAGAGGGCAUGCAGGCGGUGAUGGCGGCGGACUUCGCCUUAUCCCGGUUCAAGUACAUCGAGCGACUCCUGCUCGUGCACGGACACUGGUGCUACGACCGGCUCGCGCGCAUGAUACUCUACUUCUUCCUCAAAAAUGCCACCUUUGUGUUCCUAGUGUUCUGGUACCAGAUAUACAGCGGGUACUCGGCCAUGGUGAUGAUCGACCAGAUACAUCUGAUGGCGUACAAUCUCAUGUUCACCGCAUUGCCACCUAUCGUCAUCGGCGCGUACGACCGCGUGGCGCCGGCGUCGCUGCUGCUGGAGCGCGCGGGGCUCGGCGAGCGGCGCGGCGCGGCCUACCGCGCCGCGUCGUACUGGGCCGUGCUGGCCGAGUCGCUCUACAUCAGCGUCGUCGUGUUCUUCACCGCCGCCGCCGCCUACUGGGGCAGCGCCGUCGACCUCUGGGCCUUCGGCGUCUGCUGCAUGACCUGCUGCCUCGUCAUCAUGCUGGUCUACGUCGCCAUCGAGACCAGGAGCUGGACGAUAAUCCAGUUGUUCGCGCUAACGGGUUCGCUGCUCUCGUUCUUCAUCCUGACGUUGGUGUACCAGUCGCUGUGCGUGUCGUGCUUCAACCUGCCCUCCACCUACCACGUGCUGCAGAACGCGAUCGCGGACCCGGUGUACUGGCUCGUCUUGAUACUCACCACAGUCGCCGCGCUCGCGCCGAGACUGGCGUACCACGGCAUCCGCAACUCGCUGCGGCCCGGCACGCUGCGGCGCGCGGUGGCGGCGCGGCGGCGCGCGGCGCGGGCGCGCCUGCCCUACGCCGCGCACUACCGCACCGCCAACGCGCACGCGCACGUCUACAGGCCGACGGACGAGGACGGCCUGCACAAGAGGCCGUCGGACGUGGCGGCCGUCACCUGACCCUGCGCGCCGCCGCGCUACAACUCAGGCUGUGAUCUGUCCUAGAUAAUUAGACUAAUGCAUGUCACAUGCGCUUUUAUGGAACAAAGCGGGACCAAUGUGUCAGCUCGUGUGGGCGAGCUUCGGGCCGAGUUCAAACGUCUGCUGCCGACACGCAAACAAAUUAUUGUUAUUAUUGUAAUAUUACACAUAUUUAUAUCACCUCACUAAACAAUUUUCUGAUAUUUACAUACCCAUAGCUAGUAUACGACGGCAGCACUGUUUGAAUUCACGUACAAUAACUAAUGCGGCGAGAUUGAACUUCCAUAUCGUCGCGUGUUAAUAUUAUUGAUCAUAGUUACCUUAUUGCAUAUUUUACGAAAUUGUUCUUUCUAGUCUUCAUAAUACAUUGUACUUAUAGGUUCGUUCAUAUGCGCCGACAUGUGUCAAUACAUGAGAGUGUGAACGCGUCGCUCUCCAGGUGCUGUUACAAUAGAUGUUAGUGAUGUUCGGCUGUAUGACGAAUAAUGAAGCGCCCAUCACGCCAAGUGUUCGAUAGAUCUGCCAACACUAACGGUGUUAUUUAAUGUAAUUGUAGUAUAUUAAUUUUAAUCAGUAUUGUGCGUGUCGUAUGUGCUUUAACGGUGGAUUUAGAAAUGGAAAGUGUAUUAACAACUGUAUUACGGUAAUGUGUUAAAUUAUAUAUUUUAGCUAAGAUUGUAUUACUCGUCACGAGCCUUUCGAUAAAUUCAUUGUAUGCGCUAUGCGAUCGAUUAUUGCCUAAUAUUGCAUUUAAAGUCUAUACGAAACUAUAUUUCAUAACUAAAUCCACGAUGCAAACCGAGAUACCGGCACUUGUAUAUGUUAACUUGAAUAGUUGGGGCGUGUGUAUAUCGAUAUGUGGUAGGGAAACGAUUGUAUUACAUUGCCAACGUUCAAAUGUGUAUUGUACACCCGUAAGAGAGUGAUAUAAAGAAACGUGUGAUUGAUGAUAAAAUCAUGUAUUUUUGUAGUUGAAUUAAGUAGAUUGUGAUGUCGUUUGGCUUCCUUCUGAUCGUAAUUUGUAAAGUUAUUUAUUCGAUAGCGAGUACCGCUGCCUUGCCUGCGAGACUGCACGCCCGUCGGGUCGACACGUUGUCGCGAGAUGAACUGGCACUACAGAUUUACUUUCGUUUGUAUGUGAAUAAUUCCAUGAUUAAGUGACGUUUUUUAUCGAUAAUUUUUUAGUCGAAUUAAUAUAGUCGAUUCGUCGAAUUCUCUCGGGAUUAACAUCGCUUAUAAAGCUGUACGCGUAAAAUAUUUCCGCCGCGUUUUACCAAGUCUUCUAGUUUAAUGCAUACUUACAAUUACAUUCCAUUAUUUUGUACAAAUGACAUUGCGUAUUUAUAUCAAUUUCGAUUAGUAUACAUCUGAUUUAAAGCAACAGCUAAUUAGGGCUCGCACACACUAAGCUGUCAGUCGCGUAUUAAUUUUUACAUCUGACUUUUGCUAUGACACCGUGCUUAGGCGUUAUGCGAUGCGCCUAAUUCAAAUAUCUGGUGUGUAAUAUGGCAUUAUACACUUAGCGUCUUCUUAAGCGUUAAUUAUGAAUACUUUUCAGUUGAAGUCUAUGCCAAAGAUAUUGAGUGGACAUUUUCAAUGUCUUAUCCAGUUCGAUGAAUUAUAUAGAAACAUCUGGUAAUCUUUACAAAUUCUCUUCAACUUGCUUUCUCAAAUCUUGUCCACAUAAAAUUUUGGAAAACAUACACUAAAAUGACUUUAGCAAGCCAGUAUAAACACGACCUUGUCGAGUAUCAACAAUGGGAACUUAAUAUAAUUCUUCCCUAAAAUAGCAUAUGUUUGUCUCCUUAAAGAUAAAAAAAAAUACCAAUAAAAAAUGCACGCUUAUUAAAAACCGCAUAUUCCACUGUUUACUUUUUGAUUAUUAAAUGAUACAUAUCUCCGUAUUUCUACGCGAAAAUGCCGGUUAGUAUAGAGCGUUAGAUGGAUCAAACCCGCGCGUUACAAUAACCCUCGAAGUGCCUUGCGUGUCGCGGCCGGCGCGUCUCGCGACACCGACAGUCGCUCGACUCAAUGAUUCCUAAAAGAAUUGACUAUUUUUACUAUCGUUUCUAGUUUUGUACAUAGAGACAAAUUAUAUAUUUCUAUAUGAAUGAUCAUUGUUAAAUGUACAGUAGGUUAUAUUUUGAUAUAAAAAAAACAAUAAAAACAAAUCUUUGUGUAAAUAAUUUGUAUAAUAUAAGACUGUUGUUUAUUUAGAGCCUUUAAUUUGUUCAGUUAAAUUCGACUAUGUAGGGUAUUUGUGAUUGAACAUGUAUUUUCCAGUCAUUGCGCUGAUAUGCUGUUUCCUUCAGUUUCUUGCCAUAACAAUGUAGACUCUAAUUAAGCUAGUAUUAUAUUCAAUUUGCUUGUUACACUGUAUUACAAAUGAUUCUAAAUAAUAUAUGUAUUGAAAUUUAUUUUACACACAAUUCACGUAACUACUUCUCUAUUUGUGCUAAUUUGAUAUAAGUUUGCUAAUUUUUUGUACUCAAUUUUAUCUCCAGUUCCUUUAAAUCAUGGCCACUUCUUGUAUAUUGUUUUAGAAUUUGUAAGAUCACCUGUCAUGUCAGUAAAGCAACAAAAAUGAUUAUUCAUAAAUCACAAUCGAUACUUUACUAUGUCUUCUAAAUUAUAUCUUCCCUUUAAAAUAUUAAGCGUAAUAUAAAACGUGGUCAAUUCUCGUUUAAACUAAAUGCAUUUAUUUUGUGAUAUCGUCUAAACAAAAUUGUAUUCCACUGAGCUUCAGCGUAGGAAUGACUUGAAAAUACAUAUUGCAUUGAAUAUGUGUUGUUUUAUAAUAAUAACAAAAUAUUUAAUUUCAUUACAAA